AUGAAAAAAAGUUUUACGUCUCACAGUCCUAGUUCAGAUCAUUAUUUUAUUGGACCUAGAGAAAUGAAAUUGCCUAAGUUUGAAUUUGAAUAUCCUCCUUCCUGUUAUGGAUUAGUAGUCUCAAGCACUAAGAAUUCUAAUAAAACUGAAUUAAUAUCUGACUCAUCGAGUGAAUCUCUGCUUCCUCCCUUAAUUUAUUUUAAAAUCAAGGAAAAAAAAAUACAAAAGGAAUAAGAUGAAAGGUGUGUGCUAGUUGGCAACACCUUGCAUCAGAUGCCGAAAAAGAUUAUAAAACCGAAAAUUUCAUAUCAACCAGACAUCUUUCCUUUGAAAGCCUUGAAGAAGAAAAUUGUAAAAUAAAAAUUUAAUGGAAUUUAUUUUGAAGACGAAAGGUAUUCUUAGGAUCCCUAAUUUCAACUGAACUAUGCCAAUUUGAGAACCUAUUACAAUGCAAUCAAUCUAUCUAAUAAUUUAUAUGUUCAACCUACCAUCAACUCCUAUAAGGCAUAUAUAGGGAAGGGCAAUAAUGGGCAAUUAGUAUAAUGGAUUUUAAAGAGAAGAUGGUGGUGGUCUAUUGUUGAUAAGGAAAAAGAAUAAGUGAACUUCCUCUGGCAAUAAUUGAGGAAUAACUCGUAUAUUGAUUCGAUUCCUGAAUCAAAUCAAGAGAUCCUUUAAUAGCAAUAUAAUAAUGAUGAGUAAAACAUAGUCAUCUAAGAUAUUUAAUAUUAAAACUUACUGCCAAAUCAAUUGGGUCUGUAAAUAUAAAAGUUGAGAAAAAAAGCAGGGAAGAAUUCCAAAAUCAUAUCCUACGAUCAAGCAUAGAAGGUUUCUUAAACCUUAAGACUUUUUGAAGUGAAUGCUAAUACUAAAUUGCAUAAUCACAUUUAAAAUAAUACUCAUUUAGGUAGCAAGAAGAAUCUCUUUUACAAUAUGAAAAAGUAUUAUGAACAGCAGGGAUUGAAUGUUUUUGAUUUCUUACCUUAAACAUAUCAUAUCAAAAACAAAGAGGAUCUCCAAAACUUUGUUCAAUAAAAUCAAAAUUAAUCUAUUUGGAUAGUUAAACCAGCCGAACUUACUAAUAGAGGUCAUGGUAUUCAUAUCUUUUAGACGAUCAAUGAAGUAUAACAGUAUUUGAGGAGCAUCCACCAUCAUAAAAAUGGGGCUUAGAAAACCUUUAUAGUUUAAAAAUAUAUUGAAAACCCCUUAUUAUAUAAUCAGAGGAAGUUUGAUAUUAGGUGUUAUAUCUUGUUUACUUCUGUCAAUGGGUAACACAAAGGCUAUUGGUACAAGGAUGGGUAUAUCAGAACUUCCAGUUAGGAGUUCAGUUUGAUGAAUUUAUCAAAUAAGUUGAUUCAUCUAACUAAUGAUGCUGUCUAAAAGUACUCGGAGGAUUAUGGUCGAUUUGAAAAAGGAAACAAGGUCUCAUUUGAAGAGUUUAAUAACUUCUUGCCCAUCGACUUUUAUCAAACUAUUUAUAAUCAAAUGAGGAAUAUAGCAUUGCACCAAUUUAAAGCCACGUAUGGAAAGUUGGAUCCUAAACGAAAAGAAAACAGUUUUGAAUUGUUUGGGUUAGACUUUAUGAUUGAUGACAAAUUUAAAGUGUGGCUGAUCGAAACCAACACUAAUCCUUGUUUGGAAUGUUCAGGUCCUCUUUUAACGAAGUUGAUACCUUAAUUAAUUGAAGAUCUCUUCAAACUAGUGUUAGACCCUCUUUACCCUCCUCCUUAAUUUUAUACUUAAAAAAAAUUCAUAUAUGACUCAUUCGAAAACAAAUUUGAAUUAAUUUUUGAUUCGUCAAUGUUGGAUGUACCACUUAAAUUCACAUAAAAUUUAAUAGAUGAACAAUGA